AUGGCGGAGCCAGGGGGGCCCGGGACGCGGCUUCACCGCCGCGCCCAGCCCAGAGCCCCAAGCACGGCCGGAAACCGCGUGAGGACCUCCGCCCUCCCCACAAAGCCGGAACGCACCCAGCGGGCCGCUACCGCAGUUUCGCGUGGAAAUCAACGAGAGCUUGCCCGUCAGAAAAAUAUGAAAAAAACCCAGGAAAUAAGCAAAGGAAAAAGAAAAGAGGAUAGCUUGACUACUUCUCAGAGAAAGCAAAGGGACUCUGAGAUCAUGCAGCAAAAGCAGAAGGCAGCUAAUGAGAAGAAGUCAAUGCAGACAAGAGAAAAAUGAUGACUGGCUCUUUGGAAAACCUGGGUGCUACUGCCAUUGGGGUGCAUCAUAAGCUCUAAGAUCAAGAUUUCUUAAGUAUACAGUCAUUAUCCGUGUUAUAACUUAUCCUUAUAAAACUGUCUAUUUUAAACUUUGCUUCUCAAUUUGACCAAGUGUUAUGCAUUAAAACCAUCUUUCAAAAAUUAAAACACCGACCAUGCAUGAA